AUGACCACUGUGGAUAUCUUUCCGCUCAUAUCCAGUGGCAAGGAGGAAGAAGAAAAGGACUAUAACGGUCCUACUCCAGGAGAAUUGUUGGAACCCCUUUUUGAAGAAAAAGAAACUGGUCAAGAAACAAACAUCCAAGAAUACUGUCUUGGGAAAAUGAUGAUAAAGAACCCAUUUUCAGAUCCAGAACAAGAAACCCACUACACCUACAAAAAUAUAGAAGAGCAGAUGACCCUGUGCUAUCCUGUAGAAAUGGGAAAUGGCACACCCUGUAGCUUCAGACCCUCAUCAAGCACAGUGAUGUACACCUGCCAUCCACAAGCUAAGCACGAGAUGCUCUCUCUAGCUAAAAUCACAACUGGUGAAUACAAAGUGAUUAUACUGACACCUCUGUUACGCAGCGAUCCGAAAUAG